UGGCAGACCGAUGUGGUUUGUUCCUGUUGAUGGCUAGUUUACUCUGCAGAAUGCAAAUUCUGGACAGUCAUAUAAUGGCACUAUUCUGGGUAAAAUAAUAUUGUGCAUUCAAUCGGCAGUUGAAUAUGCCAUCUUUUGCAUCUCGUAAUAUUGGAAAUGAACUGGUCUUUGUGAAACGAUGGCCUAAUCGGGAGCAUAGAGGAAGUGUCAAAUCGGACAGGGUAUUUUGAACAAAUAACAGCAAUUUAAUCAACUCUGCUUUCCAUAUUGAAUCCUCCUUCUUCUUUGGUCACAGCAGGCAUGUCAUCCCAGCUCCAGGCAUUCUCCUCGCCAUCAGUGUCAUCUAGUGGCUACAGCCGCUCCAAGCGGAUGAAAGUGGAGACCUGUGGCUGGGAUGUGAGCAGCCAGCAGCCCGAAGACAACAACAACAACAACUUCUAUAUCCAAAGCCCCGCUCAAGCCAACGCUUACUCUUCCACCCCACCAGCCUCUGCCUUCAGCUCCAACAACUACAACAACAAUAACAACAACCAGCAAAACAUCUCAGCCUCCAAUCUGGUCUUCCCUCUCACCACCCCAGGGAGUGGCCCCUCUCGGGAGCAGCAAGCGGUGGUACGAGCUGCGGACAGCACCGGCAGCGCUCCAGGCGGCAGCCAUGGUGGCGGCGGUGGUGGUGGUGGCGGCGGUGGCUCCUCAUCCUCCUCUUCCUCUUCCUCGUCCUCCAGUAGCCGCCAUGCCAAAGAUGUGGCCUCCUCCUCCAACAUCACCACCCAGCCGGGCGAGCAGCAGCACGGCUAUCACACUAAGCCCUACAGCAGCAGCAGCCGCAAGCGCAAGAGCGAGGAGGUGGACAGCAGCGACAGCGUUCAGAUCCUGGAGGAGCUCUCGGCUCCCGUGCUCUCCAACCAUGUAGCAGGAGGAGGAGCAGGAGGUGCAGCCGGAGGAGGAGGUGCUGGGGGAGGGGGCACCACCACGGCCCAGUCCAUCGCCCACUCCACCUCCACCACCAAGAGCAGUAACUCCCACAGCGAGGGCGACUACCAGCUGGUGCAGCAUGAGAUCCUGUGCUCCGUCUCCAACAGCUACGAGGUGCUGGAGUUCCUGGGCAGGGGCACCUUCGGACAGGUGGCCAAGUGUUGGAAGAGGGGCACCAACGAGAUCGUGGCCAUCAAGAUCCUCAAGAACCACCCCUCCUACGCCCGCCAAGGGCAGAUCGAGGUGAGCAUCCUGAGCCGGCUGAGUACCGAGAAUGCGGACGAGUUCAACUUUGUGCGCUCGUACGAGUGUUUCCAGCACAAGAGCCACACCUGCCUGGUGUUCGAGAUGCUGGAGCAGAACCUCUACGACUUCCUCAAGCACAGCAAGUUCAGCCCACUCAUGCUCAAGUGCAUACGACCUGUGCUGCAACAGGUUUCCACGGCCUUGAUGAAGCUGAAGAGCUUGGGCCUGAUCCAUGCCGACCUGAAGCCUGAGAACAUCAUGCUGGUGGACCCCCUGCGACAGCCCUACCGCGUCAAGGUCAUCGACUUCGGCUCUGCCAGCCACGUCUCCAAGGCCGUGUGCUCCACAUACCUGCAGUCGCGAUACUACCGUGCUCCAGAGAUCAUCCUGGGUUUGCCUUUCUGUGAGGCCAUUGACAUGUGGUCACUUGGAUGUGUGAUUGCUGAACUCUUCCUGGGCUGGCCUCUCUACCCCGGCGCUUCUGAAUAUGACCAGAUUCGCUACAUCUCCCAGACCCAGGGGCUUCCAGCUGAGUACCUCCUCAGCGCGGGCACCAAGACCAGUCGCUUUUUCAACCGAGGCCCCGACUCCAGCUAUCCACUCUGGAGGCUUAAGACACCAGCUGAACACGAAGCUGAGAUGGGGAUCAAGUCUAAGGAGGCUCGUAAAUACAUCUUCAACUGCCUGGACGACAUGAUGCAGGUCAACAUGACCAGUCUGGAGGGGACGGACAUCUUGGCGGAGAAGGCUGACCGGCGGGAGUUCAUCGACCUGCUAAAGAAGAUGCUGACGCUGGACGCUGACAAGAGGAUCACGCCCAUGAAGACUCUCAACCACCCCUUCGUCACCAUGACGCACCUGCUGCACUUCCCUCACAGCUCCCAUGUCAAGUCCUGUUUCCAGAACAUGGAGAUCUGCAAGAGGCGCUGCAGUGCCUUUGAGAAUGGGAAGAACCUGUUUGCCACCAACAGCACGCCCAGCGCUGCCACCAACCUCACCGUUACUUUUAGCAGCCAGCUGAACCAACACAACCAGAUGGGUUCCACCGGUGGCCAGUCUCUGUCCCUGAGCAGUAACGUGCCUCUACUGAACUACCAGCCGGGCCUGUACCAACAGGCCACCAUCAACAUCCCGGGCCUGGCCCAGCAGAGUGUCCCCCUGCAGGCACGCCCCACCCAGCUCUGCCCCCAGAACGAGCCCUUCCAGCAGACACUCAUCGUCUGCCCACCAACCAUCCAAGGCCUUCAAACAUCCAGUAAGCAUCCUGGCUACCCAGUACGGAUGGACAACUCUGUUCCCAUGGUUCCCCAGAACCAGUCCUCUCAGCCCCUGCACAUCCAGCCGGGGAUGCUCACGCCGGGCUUCUGUAAUCCCCUGAUGGUAGCCACUCUGCAGCCUCCCGUUCCAGGACUGGGCCCCCUGUGUCCGGCCGUCCCCUUUGCCCUGGCCCACGAGGCUGGCUGGCCUGGCAGCCUGGAGCAGAGGGCAUCCAUGCUGCAGACGUGGCCAGGGAACACGCAGCAGAUCCUGAUCCCGUCGGCUUGGCAGCAGAUGCCGGGUAUGGCGGUACACAACUCAGCAGGGCAACAGGUGGUGGGCGACUCCCCCAUGGGCCACAUGUUCACAGACGGGGCAUCGCAGAAUGGCAGCUGGAGAAGUCGCCAUGGUGGACACUAUGACAAUGGCCAGCAGGAUGGCACAGGGCGGCACGGCACCCAGACCAACUCCCAGGGCAUGACCUCCGGCAGCGGGCACAGCAGGGGACAGCAGGGGGGAGCCAAGAGGAGCAAGGCCAGGCAUGCAGAGAGUCGAGCCAGGCUCGUCUCCUCUGUGCAUCCUGCCACCUCGGUGGUGCACAGCUCUGCGUACAGUGGGGACCAGUCUCAGCCAAUCGUCAUCUCCGACACGCCCAGCCCCGCCGUCAGCAUCAUCACCAUCCACAGUGACACAGAGGAUGAGGACGACAGGAAGGUCCCGCCUGCAAGUAGUGUGGACCAGAGGGCCAACGUCAUCAGCUGUGUGACCGUCCACGACUCCCAGGACUCGGACUCGUCCACCUGCAGCCCCCUGAGCCCCAAGUGCCUGAGCAGCUACCCGGAGAGCUCCUCCUCCUCGCACCACUCCAAGUCCACCGCCAUCGUCAUGCCCUCAGUCAAGACGCAGCCCGGGGACGGCACAGAAAGCUCCACUGCCACAUCAGGCAAAGGUAAGAAGGGAUCGUCCCAGUGCAACAGGUCUGGAGGAUCCAGCAGUGAGCGUCACCAGAAAACAGCACCCAGCCGAACACAGCCACUCAACCUGAGCCAGGUCCAGCAGGCAGCCAUGUCCUCUCAGGAACAUUCCGGUAGUAGCAGCUCACUCCGCCGCCACCCCUCCUUCCCCACGACCGCCUCCACCAGCACAGCCGUCUCCUCCUCUUCCUCCUCCUCAGCCUACAGGCUCCAUGAGGCCUCUCUCUUCAGCUCGGCCCCCAACCUCUACGCCUACCCGGCCUCCAGCGCGCUGGCCUCCGUUUCCCAGGCCGUGGACCAGCAGCUCCAUGCGGCCGCUGCUUCCUCCUCUUCUUCCUCUUCCUCCUCUGGCCGCAGCACCCGGGUCUCUGCUGCAGCAGCCGCCGCCGGCCCCUUCUCUGCCUCCCUCAGCCUCCUGCAGAAGAACAGCAGCCUGGGCCUCAUGGGGAACAGCACAGUGGCGGCAGCCCAGUACCACCACCACCACCAACAGCAGCAACAACAACAGCAGCAGCAGCAACAGCAACAAGCAUACGGGCGCUCCAGCACUGCACAGCACAGCCCCUACCACCUCAGCCAGAGGAAGCUCAACCACCACCAGUACCCUUACCUGUGAUGAGCAGGUGGGUUAGCCAGGCCUGCAAAAUGUGUUGCAAAAGAUUCUGUGAACCUUGAAACAAUACUAUUUUGGCCUGGGCGAAAGCCGACUGUUGACUCCGUCACACAGUCUGGAACAAUGGAGGGUGGGAGAUGGUCUGACCUUACUCUGCAAUUUAAAUUAAUUGGAGUCCCAAAUUGAAAUUAAAAUUCAUUUUUUUAUUUAUUAGCAUGACUGUUUACGAUACAGUGUUGCCAAAGCAUACAAAUAACAAGACUAAAUGUGAAUAGUCUUACCUUCUAUCAGUAAUGGACUCAGCGGGUGAGUUCUGCUACUCCACUCUCAACUGUUUGCUGAUUGGCUGAACCAUGAGCGAACCGAACUAGGAGACUUUGGCCAGACUAUGUACGGAGGCAAAAUCUUUGGGUGGAAGUACGUAGGAUGCCAUUGCCAGGCUAAGAGAUUUUGCGUCUCCUAAGAGAAUACAAUUAUUCCCCUCUUUCUCUGUUUCUAGAGAUUUUGUUUCCCUUGAAAGAAUGCCGUUCCCUGAUCUCUGGAGGUGUCAAAACCCCCGGUUCAGAAGUAAAAACCCUGCCACAGUCUCCGUCCAAUGCAGGUGACUCCUCUGAGUAACCAGUCAAACAGUCCUGAGUACUCAUUAAGAUCAGCUGAUUUAGAGCUGGUUGAAUCAAAUUUGUGGCAGGUUCUUAUUUUCCGAUCCGGCUAACGGCACUUCACAUUCACCAUGAUAUAAUGAACCCCACCUCCAUGGAAGUGGAAUAGAAACAGUGCCAAGAUAGAGACGUCGUUACAUCCCUGUGUCAGAAGUCUCCCGCUAACAAAGGCUCAGCAUCGUACUAGAAAACACAUCAGUGCUAGGACAGUGGAACAUUUUUACUGCCAUUUCAAUCUGUAUGUUCUGUAGUUUUAUGAGUGUCUUGCUUUUCAUCCAGACUUUCCUCUACUGCGCUUGUUAUCAAUCCAUAUGUGCUAUUAUUGUCUUUAUUGUAUCAGACAAGAGAAAAAAAACUAUCAAAGCAAUGCUUUUAAUUUCAAGUUAGCUUAGCGUGUGCUGUUAACCUCGGUGUGCUGCUCAUGUACUACUACUAUUAUUAUUAACUGACAAAACCAAUGUGUCCUUGAGAUUUCAUGUAAGUGCUUGUGUGGUGAUGUUUGGUAGGUGUCAUUCCCUGAGACUUUGAACAACACAGUAGGAGACCGCGCUCAGAGAGAUGCACCACAGACUGUUUAGGCUUCGUUAUAAUGUUAGGUUAACGUAAAUACUGUAUGUCAACUUAACAUUAGGAAAUUAAGUGGAUAUUUAGUAGGCGAUUGACACAAGAAAAUGACAGAACAAUGGUGGCUGCAUGACAGAAUUGCAGAAUUGUAUAUAUUUGUUUUAUACCAUUACCAUGUGAGAUUCAUGUCGUACACAUUUUUAAGGAACUAGGCAUAAUUCCUGAUUUUGAUUCAGCAAAUUAUUUGGUUUGUUUGUCAUUUCACAGUUGACUUUUUCUAAUCAUUUCGAUAUGCACAUGUUCUUUUAUUUCGCUUUAGAAUUUUUUUAUAAUUCUCAAUGUAAAUAUCAUGUAUUUUGUUAUAAUGUCAAUAGAUAUGUUACUUGAUAUUUAUGGUGUUGAUUUUACUGUAAGCAUCAGGCAUUUGAAACUAAAGUAGUAUGGCAUGACAGAAACUUCACAUUUCAAAUUUCAUCAGAACAUAACAGGAACAUUGGACUUCUGAAGGACUGUGUAGUGUGGAGUGGUGCUGUAUAUGAACUUGUGUGUUGUGUAGACCUCUGAGGUUGUAGCUCACACUGAAACCAUAAGAGGUAAUAGUUGUGCAUUACUAAAUAGGUGUUUCCUUCAGUUCAUUCAUACAGUGUGUUAAGACUAGUAGUAUGGUUUGAAAGACCAGUGUGAGUUAGACUGACAUGCUAUGUAUGACGGUUAGUCAAUGAGUUCUAAGAAUGUGAGAAUGAGUUCUACUAUAAGUAUAACAUUUUGUCUUCACAAGAAAUGUGUGGAGAUUUGUGAGUGACUUGCUUUUAGCAUUGUUACCAAAUGCUGUGACGUGCCACAUGAGGACGCAAGCCUGUGACUCUGUAGUGUCCAUACUUACAAAUUAUGGAACAUUAAAAGAAAGAUUUUUGAACGUUG